UGGCGAUAAGGCGUGGCGGCGUGUUCUGGCGGCGGCGUGGCCUCUGGUGGUUGGCGUCAGGAAGGUGCGGUGGUGGCGCGUGGCGUGGAGCCCUCCGCGGCGGAGCCCGGUGCAUCCUCCGCACUUUACUGGCAGCCACCGUCACACACGCAUCAACUCGCCAUGGAAGUUGAAGGCGAGCCCGAACACCAGGCGCUGCGCUUCGGCGCGCUGGACUACUCCUCGUUCGUCGUCAUGAUGCUGCUCUCCGCCCUGGUGGGCGUGUACUACGGCUUCUUCAAGAAACAGAACUCCAUGUCUGAUUACUUCCUCGGCGGUCGUUCCAUGGGGGUGUUCCCGAUCGCCAUGUCCCUCAUUGCCAGCAACAUAUCCGGUGUGUCGGUGCUGGUCGUGCCGUCAGACAUGUACACGUACGGCCCUCAGAUCGCACUCGUUGCUGUGCUUGGCAUACCUGUGGUGCUUCUAGUUGUACACUUCUUCCUUCCGACCUUCUAUGACCUCCAAUACGAAUCAAGCUACGAGUACUUGGAGCAUCGGUUUGACAAGAGGAUCCGCACUCUCUCAUCGGUCUUUUACACUAUAGGAUCGUUCCUCUACAUGCCUAUCGUGAUGUACGUCCCGUGCCUCGCUUUCCACCAAGUGAGCGGCGUCGACGUCCAAAUCAUCAACCCCGUCACGUGCCUCAUAUGCGUGUUUUACACGUGUUUGGGAGGGCUGCGCGCCGUGGUGUGGACGGACGCCCUGCAGCUGGUCAGCUUGGUGCUCGCGUCCGUGGUCAUCAUCUUCGCCACCCUGCCCCAGGUGGGCGGCCUGAGCGGCGCCUGGGACCGUGCGGCAGCCGGAGGACGGUUGGACCUGUUCAACAUGGACCUGGACCCGACCGUACGGGCCACGUUCUGGAACGUGGUGUUCGGCGAGAGCUUCUACUUCCUCAACUCGCUGGCCGUGGCGCCGUCCUCCGUGCAGCGCUACCUUUCCAUGCCCACCAUCGGCGCCGCGAAGAGGGCGGCCUACACGCUGGCGGCCGGCUUCACGAUAACCCGCGUCCUGUCUUGUGCCACCGGCACCCUCAUGUACGCAUACUACUUCGACUGCGACCCCAUCGCGCAAAAGGUCGUGUCGCAUUCUGACAAAAUGGUACCGCACUUCGUCAUGGAUGUCGCAAGGGACCUCCCCGGUUUAUCCGGAAUAUUCAUAGCCGGAGUGUUCAGCGCUUCGCUCAGCACGGUGUCCUCCAUCCUCAACACGCUGGCUGGCACGGUAUACAAGGACUUUAUUGAGGGCUGGCUCCCGAAGAAGCCCUCAGAGCAACAGGCCGCCAUCUACCUCAAAGGAAUCACGCUAAUUCAGGGGAUCGCCAUUUUCUUCCUCGUGAUGGUCGUUGAGAAGCUGGGCAGCAUCCUCGAGGUGGCGCUGUCGCUGACGGGCAUGACCACGGGCGCCACGUUCGGCCUGUUCCUGCUUGGGAUGUUCGUGCCCUGGGCCGAGUCGGUGGGUGCGCUGACGGGGGCCUCCGCCAGCUUGGGCUUCAUGUCGGUCGUGACGCUGGGUAACCUUCAGGCCAAGCACUCCGGCAGACUGCGUUACCCCAUGCUGCCCACCAGGACUGACGGAUGCAACGCCACUCUCACCAACACCACCGCUCCGUCGACACCGCUGCCGGUCCUGCCGACGCUCGCCAGCAGGGUGGAGUACGACGAGGACCUCUUCCCGCUGUUCCGCAUCUCCCCGUUCCUGUUCGUCGUGAUCGGCGUGGCCAUCACGGUCACGGUGGGCUCGGCGGUGAGCGCGCUGGUGCGGGCUGUGCGCACGCGGCGCGGCCAGAAGGGCGGCUUCGCGGACCUGCCGGACCCGGAGAUGUUCUCGCCGCCGGUGGGGCGCGCGGUGCGCAGGAGACUCGCCGGCGCCGGGCGGGGCAAGCGCGAGGAGGCCGUGGAGAUGUACCAGGCGGUGCCGCUCAAGGCGGACGACGUCCACAGUCAGGCCGGAUGAGCGGACCGAGCUGGCCGCGGCGCCAGCGAUAGCGCAGUGAGAGAAAAGUGUGACAAAGAAAAGAGCGACACCGAGCCGCAAAGAAGAGUUGUAUGGUCACCAGAGGACGGGCAGGAAGAUCAAACGACAAUAAUUGGGAAAGAUGAAAUUGAUGGACUGGAGACUUAAUUGCGGGUACGGUAAUGGGACUUUGGUAGGCGUUAUCUAUUGAGAGCAUCGUAGUCUUCUGUCGGAAGCUCUGUCAUGUGCUCGCCCAAUCGCUCCAGUUUUCAUUGAGAGACUCAGUGGCGCAGCGGCGGCGCAUCAUGCCCGCAAUUAGCAAUAAAAGUUCGGGGGUCAUCAAACAAUGAGUCUUAGAUUUGCCUCAAAAUUAGAGUUUCCAUUAUAUAAUGCAAACAAAGAAGUUGUUCAUGACCCUGUUAAUCAUAAUCACGAUAUUCUAAAUAAAUGGCAACGACACAGCCGUCACGGCAGUACGCCUCU